ACCCAGGAGCAGACAGAGAAGCUGCUGCAGUUUCAGUUUCAGGUGUCCACCCCGUGAUUAGACAUCAUACGAUUUGCGACGUGAUCACUCUGAUGAACCUAGUAACCAUCCGACACCACGCCUAGUUAUUACAAUAUCGUGGCAGUUUUGAGAAAGAGAACACAGCAAAGGAAGUCCAGAGGUGUGACUCUAAUUCUGGACAGCGUCACUCGUGGUCAUUCUCUUAAUCUCCUCUGCAUGAAGGUGGACUUCUUAAGCAAGAGGGGAGAAGAAUACCCCAAAACGGGAAUGAACAAGGACAGUUCUCACUUCCAAACCAAAGAUACGGAGAAAAAUGAGAGAGAGGCCUCAGGGGAGAAGUACCUUCAGGGAAAAGCCAGGUUUCAGUAAGAACAGGAAGGCGAAGAAAAUGGACAGAGAAGUUACAGGACCUGACUGGCAUAGAAUCUAUGGAUCAAUGUCGUCAUACCUUGGAACAGCAUAACUGGAACAUAGAGGCUGCUGUACAGGACAGAUUGAAUGAGCAAGAGGGUGUACCAAGUGUUUUCAACCCCCCUCCAUCUCGACCGCUGCAGGUGAACACAGCAGACCACAGGAUCUACAGCUAUGUUGUCUCAAGACCACAACCAAGGGGGCUGCUCGGAUGGGGUUAUUACUUGAUAAUGCUUCCAUUCCGGUUUACCUAUUACACAAUACUUGAUAUAUUUAGGUUUGCUCUUCGUUUUAUACGGCCUGACCCUCGCAGCCGGGUCACUGACCCCGUUGGGGACAUUGUUUCAUUUAUGCAUUCUUUUGAAGAGAAAUAUGGGAGGGCACACCCUGUCUUCUACCAGGGAACGUACAGCCAGGCUCUUAACGAUGCCAAGCGGGAGCUUCGCUUUCUUUUGGUUUAUCUUCACGGGGACGACCACCAGGACUCCGACGAGUUCUGUCGCAACACCCUCUGUGCCCCUGAAGUGAUCUCUCUCAUAAACACCAGGAUGCUCUUCUGGGCGUGCUCCACAAACAAGCCCGAGGGAUAUAGGGUUUCACAGGCUUUACGAGAGAACACCUAUCCGUUCCUGGCCAUGAUUAUGCUGAAGGACCGGAGGAUGACUGUGGUGGGCCGGCUGGAAGGCCUCAUUCAGCCUGAUGACCUCAUCAAUCAGCUGACGUUCAUCAUGGAUGCCAACCAGACUUACCUGGUGUCGGAGCGCCUGGAGAGGGAAGAGCGGAACCAGACCCAGGUGCUGAGGCAGCAGCAGGACGAGGCCUACCUGGCCUCCCUCCGCGCCGACCAGGAGAAGGAAAGGAAGAAGCGGGAGGAGCGCGAGCAGAAGCGGCGGAAGGAGGAGGAGGUGAAACAGCAAAAGCUGGCAGAGGAGAGGCGGCGGCGGAAUUUGCAAGAGGAAAAGGAAAGGAAGUUGGAGUGCCUGCCCCCUGAGCCUUCCCCUGACGACCCUGAAAGUGUCAAGAUCAUUUUCAAGUUACCUAAUGAUUCUCGAGUAGAGAGGCGGUUCCACUUCUCCCAGUCUUUAACAGUGAUCCACGACUUCCUGUUCUCCUUGAAAGAAAGCCCCGAGAAGUUUCAGAUUGAAGCCAACUUUCCCCGGAGGGUGCUGCCCUGCAUCCCAUCAGCGGAGUGGCCCCGCCCCCCGACGCUGCAGGAGGCCGGACUCAGCCACACGGAAGUGCUCUUUGUUCAGGACCUCACAGACGAAUGACACUUCUUCUUCCUCUCCCUCCCGCCUCAAUUCCUAAAAGAAAUGGGGGGAAAAACAAGAGAUAAAAAUUCAUAUUAUUAUUAAAUACAAUAUUUUUUUUAAUAACUGCUGCAUUCUAAGGAAGGAUCAGAAACCACGCUGCCUGUGAGAGUCACCGCCUGUGCACCACGAGGGUCGCAACGAGCGUUCCAGCCGGCAGCCCACCUCUCUCCUGCCUCCUCGCCACACACCUGCCCGCGGGGGGCCUCCGCCGCCCGCCCAGCCGCCGUCCAGCGGGGAAGGGGGCGUUCCCACUGGUUCUCAUCCAUUCUUGCUUUUAUGGAAAAUAAAAGUGACAAACCUCCGUCAACCAGCUACUGCAGCAUCUCCUAAGGACUUGUUUCUCCUGCCUCUGGAGAAGAAAGGGAAGAGAAGGCACAGAGCAGAGAUGUUCCUCGAACUUCCCACAAUUUAUGAAUAACUUUUAAUUUUUUUUCUGUUGCUUUGUAAUGACCAAAGGAAUGAGGCUGACACAGGUGUAUUUUCUUCCUUUAUUUGAUAAAGAGCCAAUUCUUAAACCCGUGACGCGGUUUCCUGCCCUUGGCUCCUUGGCCCGCAGGAGUGUAAUAAAGG